AUGUCUCCAAGGACCACCAGCGACUCUGACCGAGUCUCUAUCUCACAGUCCAUGCAUACCUCCAUGGUUUCAGGAAUCUCAAAUAUGGCCUCAAGAUCUAUCCAGGAUGAUGAAAUGUCGAGCCAUGACAACUCCUCGUUGUGCUCAAGUAUCCGUACAGCCCAUGGAAAUCCACAGGAUAUGAAAGACUGGACAAUGAACCACCAAGAAUCCCUUGACCAGGCUAUCUCAAAACCAGACUCAUCCGAGGUGCACAUGCUUUCUUUCUCGCUGUCUCAGCAGCUGAUGACCCCCACGGUCGGACCAAAUGAUGUUAUGUACCCAGGCAUGGACUUCCCAGCAGUCCCUGACAUGAAUGACCAUGAAAUGUCCCGGGAUCUUUAUAACUCUUUCCUGGAUUUCUCUUCUGUUGAAAAUGAUGUCUGUGUCGGAAAUGGCACACCAGAUGAUGCUCUUUCUAUCGGACACAGCUCUCACAGUACCGAGGACGGCCACUAUAUCACAGGCCCAGAGUCAUGGACCCCAAUGAUGCAUGAUGCCCAUUACCCAGGAACCACCAUGGAGCAAUAUUCGUCGGGUCUUUUCCAGACCGCCCCGGUCUCUCCACCACUGACCGACGCUAGCAAUGAUAUGUCUGUUACUUCUUCUUGCUCACACGCGGGAUACACCUCAUUCAUGGCCCCUGAUGAUUCACUCCUCGGAGACUUCACCACAUCGCCCAUUGGAACGACCCAUGGACUUCACCCAGCGGAGCCCUUGUUCCCCAGCUCUUCUCUUAACGACAGGGACCUCAACAGGACUAUCAGACCUUCAAAGCCAUCCCGUCGUUCAGCAUUGUCGGCGGUUUCUCAGCAUCAAGGAAAAACUGAUCCCGAUUUCUUCCCAACCCUGCCAGUGAGAGAGCCAACCCGCCAGAGAUCCAAGGAAGGUGUCGAGGCUCGCAACCCGCGAGAGCACCAGUAUUAUUCCAUGUCCACCCACAGCGAUGGAAACAAGUACCUGGAUUCCCAUCUGAAGCCAUACCGUUGCAAGGUCCCCGCCUGCAUUGAUGCCCAGCUGCGCUUCUCUUCCAACGCCUGUCUGUUCCGCCACGAGCGUGAAGCCCACGGGCUACACGGCCAUGGAGAUAACCCCCACCUCUGCCUGUGGGAGGGCUGCGAACGCGCAGUUCCAGGAAAUGGAUUCCCAAGGAGAUGGAACCUUUACGACCACAUGCGUCGCGUGCAUGACUAUGCCACUUCCGAACGCCACAGCUCGCCCGAGACCUCGCCCGGCGCUGGUCAGAUCAAGAAGAAGGAACCCACUGGCCGCAAGAGAAGAGUCACCGGUGCCACUCCAGCUCCCACCAUGAAGCGCACUCGCUCCGUCCACUCCCAGGCCAGCUCCAUUAAGGCCACCCAGACUUCCGCUAGCCUUGGACAGCGCCUCCAGAAUGCCGAGCAGAACUUCUUCAAGUGCCGCUCGCGUCUGCUGGAGGAGCUUGGCAACAUUUCCCCUCAGGAUACCACCAUGCACGAGAAGGUCAACGCCAGUUUCCAGGAACUGUUCACCUUGGGUUUGAACUACCGCCAUAUUGAGGCCAGCCGGGCUGUUUCCCACAUGCCUAACGGAUUGCCUUGA